GUCUUCCUGUGCGCCAUGUUUUCCAGAAAGAGCGGACUAGUGUUGCACUGAGGUGGAAACAAAAAAGCGUAAAAAAUAAUAAUAAAAAUAAACUAGGCCCGAUGUUCUUACACAAACCACAAUAUAGCCGCGCGAGUAGAAAGGCGAAUCUCUGGACGGCGUAAGUUUGAUAAACCUCACAGCGCGCGCCUCUCGGUGACGCCGGAAGACAACACACGCAGCCGAAAAGCAUCAAAACUCCACCGCCUUCCUCCUGAGCGGACACUGAAGGGUCAACCACAAAAUGUAUCAGGUACCAGUGAAUGACCUGGCAAGGCUCAGAAGAUCACGGAAAAAAGUGAAGAGCAUUCUGUGCGACAUUGCCUUGCAGAACUGUCAGGACUUGAUAGAGGAAUACAGACCUUUUGAUGCCGGCGAGGCAAGUUUCAACAACACUGAAUGGAGCGAUUUCACUGAUGGUCAUGUUGGCAAGAGGAGAAAAAAGUGGAAAUAUCGUCCAGAAUCACUAUGCUGCAGCCUGUGUUGGUUUUCCUCACGGUCUUUUUACGCCUUCCGAAGUCACGUAAUGCGGUGUCAUAGGGAGGAGCUCGACCUCGCAUCGCUCUUAGCCUGCCCCAGCUGCCCUUUUGUCAGCCGCCCAGAAACCAUCAAUCAGCACCUCAAGUAUUUUCACCCCAAGCCUACAAAAACGCCCACACCCACACUCUCCGUUAUUCAGCAACCCAAGACUCUAACCCUCACAGCCUCUUCCAACCUGGCUGAUGACAGGUACAUGUGUGUGAACUGUGGCUACGCUGACUCUUUGCUUUAUGUGAUGAAAAAACAUGUUUUGGUGAACCACUAUGCUACCUUGUUGAACCGUUACUUUGGGCACAGGUUGGAAAGUGUCCAAAACACAGACAUUCAAAACAAAAGUGCCAGGGUUUUAAAUUCCAAGUAUUACUGCAAGGAGUGUAAACUGCCAGCCGAGACCAUAGAACAUCUUCUGUAUCACAUUUUGAGCUCAGACAAGCAUAAGGAUCUCCACUGGCAUAUUAUGCCAUUUAUCAGUGAAAAGACUCAAAAUGCUGGGCAGGCAAACCUGCUGAAUCUUGCGCCAAAUUUGAAUCAGGUUAAGUCGACGAAAGGACAUUCAGCAGCUAAAUCUAAUGGCACAAUGCUCAUGGCAGGGCCAACCAACACGACAGGUCUUCUGUGCUCUGCUGGAGGGAGGCAGGUCUUCCUCUCCUCCCAGACUCCAGCUUUACUAUCACAGCAGGCCUCUAGUGGGAUUCAUCAAGGUUUGACUACCUUGUCUUCCUCUUCACUUGUUAAAUCUAUAAAUAUGGUGAUGCCAAAUAUGCAGAAUGCUUCUAAACAGGUACCUGUGGCCAUGACGGUGCCUAGGCUUUCACAGUCUCAGUCAGCCCAGCAGAUGCUUCUGCCUCCAGCAGUUCAGGUCAACCUUCCAGGCAAAACUGGUGUACGUCCACCCGUGCUUUUUACUCACAGGCUACAACUAAACCAGUCUGCUCCGAGACAGCCCAUCAUUGCUUCUCAGUCUGUCCGACUCAUUCCUACGGGCAACAAAGUCAACGGCGUCCCAACAUACACUUUGGCUCCUGUUCAAGUUAACACGGUACCUGGCCAGCCCAGCUCUAGUCAAAUAGUCAGUCGUACACCGAUAGUUGUGGCAACAAAUGGACCUCAGUCCUCAGUAAACACUUCCUCAAAGGCCGCAGUACAGCCUGCUAAGCCCGCACCUUCAGGCCUAAAAGAGGCAGCACGUAAAAAAAAUCGACCAAACAAACUGGCCGUUUUUGCGCCAUUCCUAAAAAAACAGAACGACGAUACUGUAAAAUGCCUGCGUUGCAAGGUUUUGUUGACCGAGCAGUGGAUCUUUCAGCAUUUGUUGCACGGGUUGAGGUGUCUGUUUUGCCCUCUGAUGUUCUACUCAUUCAAGCAGAUCAUGGAGCACUCAAACAAAGAGCACAACUUGAAAAUAAAGAAAAACCGAGACUUCAUCAAAGGAGAGUACAAACUUGACUGUGACGAUGAAGGCAAUAUCGAAUUUUCCACCUUCAGCUUGAAUACGGAUGUGCCCAAAGAUUUGCUGGAUAACCGAGAGCUCAACCUCGUGCUGGUCACUAGUGCUCAAGAGAAAAUCUACAUAAAGAUGUACCCAGACUCUGCGAAGGCUGUAUACCCACCCACACUGAAAACCAUACCUACAGUAUGUCCAUUCUGCCAGGUGAAGCUGCAGACUUUGGAGGACUAUGAGCACCAUUUAAAAACAAUACACCACAUUGUGCCCACCAUCCACGCCAUAUUGAAAUCUCCUGCCUUCAAAUGUAUCUACUGCUUCGGGGUGUAUUCUGAAAAGUCGACCCCCAAAACCAUUUCUAUUCACGUACAGCGCUGCCGAUGUGCUCCCAAGAGCGUCAAGGAAGCAGAGAAGCGGCUGAACCCGGACACGACUAUGCACGCCAAUGGUGAUAUGCUAAAUGCUCAGAGUUUCCAGCCACACAUCAUACUGAAUGCAGAACAGAAACAAACUGCCAAAGAAAAGCCCAAGAGGGAGUCGACUGCUGAGAAACAUGGCAACAGAAGCAUCAGGGCCUGCAAGAAUGAAGUUCAUGCCCCAGUCGAGCUUGUCCUGGAUCCAACAGGAAUGGAGAUGCGAUCUUUUGAGGACAGGAAGGAAUUUCUCACAAAGUACUUUCACAGUAAGCCCUACCCGUCAAAAAUGGAGAUGCUAACUCUUGCUGGCCGUCUGUGGUUGAACAAGACGGACGUGCUUCAUCACUUCGGUAUAAAGCGGAGCAGGUGCAUGAAAACAAUCCAGAAGAGGAGAACUGUAGUACUGCUGGGCUUCAACAUGAGUGAGGUGAAUAAAGUGAAACAUAAUCUUCUUAUUCCAGAGGUAGAGCCUACUGUCUGAAGAAACCCAUGAAAUACUGUAUUUAUAUAAGCAUGCUUAAGUUAGAAUUCGUGUUCAUUUAAAGUUUAAUGAUCAGAGGUGUUGAACUGUUCAGGGGGGCUAUAUUAUAGAGCUUGCCCUUCCCCAGCACACUCUGUUUACGUCUCGAACAGCUUGACUAUUGACUGAUAAGUGAAAUUGCAUAUAUUAAGGUUUGGGCAGCACUAUAAACUGCGAUGAUUUGGCCCCCUUAGAGUUGGAAUUACAUCCAUAAAUUACAUGUUGAAGGUGUAAUUCUUGGGUUUGUGUAAGGAGCGUGUGUAAAUAACGACAGAUAUGUUAAUGUUUGGGUACCGUUUAUGAUAUUCCUUAAGCCAGUUUGUAAGUUGGCCAUUCUAAUGUUAGAAUUAUUUUUUACACAGCUAUUCUGUAUAAGCUCCCGUGUGUAUGGGCCCCUGUACAUUCUUAUGUAAAAGUGCUUUCAGAUACCUGUAGUAUGCAUUUUGUUUAGUUGCAAUGCAUUGCUUCUAUAUAAAAUUAUAAAAUUAUACACUCACCAUUCACUUUAAUACACCUGCUUGUUUAUGCAGUUAUCCACCCAGUCAUGUGGUUGAUUAAGUGCAGUUCACAUAAUCAGGCAGAUACAGGUCAAGAGCUUCAGUUAAUGCUCAACAUCAGAAUGAAGAAAAAGUGUGAGUUUAAUCGUGGGGAUUGUUGGUAUCCAUUGGGCUGCUUUGAGUAUUUCAGAAAUCCUUGAAUGCACAACACAACAGCGGAAGACGAAGUUAAGAAGCAAGAAGGCUAUAAAAAGGGCAAACAUUCGCUGUUUGGGGUUGUUGUGUAUUCUGAGAUGCUUUUCUGUAACAGUUGUAAAGACUGAUUUUCAGUUACCAUGUCCUUCCUGGCAUUUCAGACCAGUCUGGUCAUUCUGUCCUCUCAUCAAAAAGACAUUUCCUCUCACAGAACUGUUCAGAAAUUAAAUGAACUCAAACUGGCCGAUGAGGUACCAAAAACCGUGCCACAGAGACACAUUUUUCUCCAUUCUGAUGUAUGAUAAGCUCCUGAUGUGUAUCUGCAUGAUUUCUAUGCAUUGUGCUGCUGCUGUGUAAUUGGCUGAUUGGAUAACGCCAUAAAUUAGCAGAUAUACAGGCGUUCCUAAUGAAGUGGACGGUGAGUGUAGGUUUACCACUAGUACCUUUGAGAAGUUCAGUGUAUUGUUUGACAAAGUUGCAUUUUUUCCCCCCAUGUUCAGUGUACUAAUAGGAAACGAUGUCUGCCUUUUAAAACCAUUAAUAUUCUAUUAAAAAGACUAUUUGG